AUGGUCCGCCUUCGGUCGCUCGGUGCCAUCAGCCUCAUGCUCGUCGCUGCACAAGCCCUUUCUGCCAACAUCAGCAGCACUCCUCAGUACAUGGUGGAGACUUUGUCGUACGCAACGUCCUUGGAAUCGACGAGCUCCUGCAUCUUUGGCGCCAUUCCAUGCGCGGAUGGAUCGACCGCGUGCAUCGACGCCGUCCCAUUUACAGGCUGCGCGUUCGAUGCGGUUCGCCCCAUUCGCUUUGACGCGAUCGUGCAUGCCUUCUUUGACGUGCUCCAAGACUUGACCGACGACCACGUCUCCUUUGUCGUCAAGUACACUGACGACGCUAUCACCACGGCAGCUACAGCCUUGGUCGACUGCGGCCGCGGCCUCGGUGCAGCGGCGCCGCGCUGCAGCACGCUCGCUACAUUUGAGACGUGCGUCAACACGACAUCAAUGGCACUCGCCAGCAAGAUAGCGAGCCAAACUCUCACUAGCAAUGAGCGCGACCGCAUCCAGCGCGGCCUUGACAAGGUACCGACCGUCUUGAAACGGGUCGUCGACCAGUGCAUGAUCGGGUGUGACCACGACACAGUGCUCACCGUGGUUGGCGACGAUGCCAAGCAGGUUCGAGUGACCACCGACCGCUGCGCCGCCAACGCGGCUCUCUAUCGCGUCAACGAGAACGGCAUCAAGGAAGUUGCGGGGAAGAUUCCGCUGCCGUACAUGGGCUGCUACGUGGGCAUGGACGACAAGCCGUGGGACUGGAGCACGUGCGCACCCACGUACGCGUCGAUCGAGCUCGCGAAGACCCAGUUUGUGCGCUGCGUCGAUCAGUUUGGUCACCGGCGCAGCCUCUCGCAUAGCUCGCCAACGGUGGUGCUGCAUCGCCUUGCACUCGUUGUUGCAGUGGUGAUCCUAGUUGUCUAA